AGUUGCCCGCCGCCCGUCCAGAUGUCUCGACUUAAACCCGCGUCGGUGGUGCUAUCGCUACUCCCGGUGGUGCUCUUGAUGCUGAUCCACCACCACCACCGCACAGAUGCUCGAUUCGUGGCCUCCGGUGUGCCUUCGAUACCCAGUAUUUGCAAAAAACCCCCGCCACGUUCCGAGGGAGUUUGCGCCAUCGAUAUCGAGGGAUACUACUACGAUCCGAGUGAACUGGACUGCAAGAUAUAUAAGAUCGGGGCGUGUCAUUUGAUCCGAGGCCAGAGUUUUGGGAGCCUGCAGGACUGCAUCUCCACCUGUAUCCAUGGGCUCAGUCGGAAUCAUGACUAUUAUGUGAACGCGUAACAUAAAUAAAUGCUUAAACAAAUGUACCCAUGAAUGAA